GAAAAAGUUCUAUUUUAAAUCGGCUAAUGGCGACGGAACAUAUAUUUUCUUCGGCCAGUGAACCAGGUGCAUCACGAGGAACACCGCAUGCACUUUCUGGAAGUGUUGAAUUAACGUGGCUUAUUAAAGAAACUUGCAGUGUUGGUCUAUGGAAAUCAGUCAUGCAACCCUACUAUAAAAAUGCUACUAAUGAAAUUGUAUUAUUAGCAAAUCUGCAUGGAAAUGCCAUAGAAUACUUUGAACAAGUUGAAUGGUUACAACAAUUUACAUCAUGUUUCUUGGUCUUCAUAAUGCCAAACUGUGAACAAGAAGAAUGGAAUCAAUUUACUAAGAUUGUAUGCCCGGAAAAGCUCAUCUACGCAAUGGUAGAUUCUAAAAAUGGUGAAACAGAUGAUCUUAUCAUUGAAACUCAAAAUUUAAUGAAAGAUGAAGAAUUACAAAAGAUAUGCCUGAUGAUUAAAGAAGCUCUUGAAUAUGAUUCGGUGAAAGUCAAUUUCGAAAACGUCACGAUGGGAAAGACAUUGAAAUUAGCUGAAGGAAUUGAUUGUGUAGAGUCGCAAGAAGUAAUAGAUUUUGUAAAGAAAGAAACAUGCCUUGGCACCAAACAAAUGAUGCAGCUUCAAAAACGCUUGAUAAAUCAUAAUGACUCUAAGGAGGAUGGCUUUGAGUUAUGGAAUAAAAAUUCUCAAUUACAAGAAUUGAUAAAGCGCUUCGGAAAAGUUUUACACUUAGAGCUUGAAAUAAGAAAAAAGGCAAUGGCUCAUUUGGAGAGAGAUCUUUAUCAUAUCUCAUCAGAAGAGUCCUCUCAAGCUCGAAAAGAAGUUAUGUCAUUAAAAGAUCAAUUAUGGCGAAUUUCUAGAAUGACGACGAAAAACUCGGCUCAUUUACAACACAUUAAGGGGGAAAUUAUAAAAAAGCUGGAAAAAGUUGAUA